AUGAGCCUCGGGGCCAAAGCGUGUGGUGAGCGCAGUGGUGUCGGUGGGCGAAAUGCUCUUUUUUGCGUUGCUGGUGGGUCCAGAAACGGACCUGGUGGACAACCCCCUUGCUCCAACCCUCUCCCCCCUCAUUUCACACCUCCACCACCGCCCUCUCGUCCCUUUUCCCCUCUUCUACAGGCCUCGGGGCCAAAGCGUGUGGUGAGCGCGGCGGUGUCGGUGGGGGGGAUGCUUUUCUUUGCGUUGCUGGUGGGUCUGGCAACGGAUCUGGUGGCGAGCAAGGUGGAUCAGCUGGAGCAGGGCAACGGGGCGGUCAUCGAGAGCAACCACACUCUCGUGUGUGGCUGGACCCCCAAGACCAUUCCCCUGGUGAAGGCGCUGGUGGAAGCGGGGGAGCGGCCGUCAGUGGUGGUUCUGGCAGAGAGGGAGAGUGUGGAUAUGGAUGGAGAAUUGCUGGAGGCUGUACCGGUUGAAGAGCGAGGAGGGAUGCGGGUCAUGACUCGUCGUGGUGACCCCUUGAAAGCAGCUGAUCUCAACCGCUGCUCUGCCUCCCAGGCCGCCUCCAUUGUCAUUCUCUCGCCGCAGCUACCGUCGCGUCAGCAGGCGGAUGCUCAGGUGAAAACAACAGACGGUCAGGUGCUGCAAACCGCCAUGGCUCUGGCCGUGCUUCCUGAAAUCCAGGGUGACGUGGUUGCUGAGCUGGCAUGCCCCGAGAACACAAUGCUGCUGGGGAAACUGCAUGCGAGUCUCAUGAUGCGAUUGGAUAAGGCCAGACAGAAGCACAUGCUGGGGUCAACAUCAUCUGAGGCUGCUCGCGUCGUCACCCAUGCGGGAUCAGCAGCAACAGCCAUCACCACAGCACCAUCUCCCUCUGAUGCCACUACCACCACUGCCACUGGUGCUACUGCUGCUGCCACGGGCACAACAGCCUCCUCCUCUAUCACCACCGCUGAAAGCACUGCAGCUGCUGCCUCUGCUACUACCAGCCACGCUUCGCCGGCCGGCCAAGCCAGGACCGCCUCGCGUGGUUCGUCCUCUUCUGCGGGGCAGAGGCGGCGCAAGCUGGUGCCUGUGGAGACGGGCGGCAUGGCCCUGAGAGGGCUGGUGGACCUGGCGCUACAGCCGGCCAGCCAUGCUGUGAUGGCUGAGCUGCUGGGGUUUCAGGGGGCGGAAUUUCACUUCAAAGAAUGGAAGGAGCUGGAGGGUCGCACCUUUGCAGAGGCGGUGUUUAUGUUUGAGGACGCCGUGCCGUGCGGCGUGCAGCAGAUGGUUGGCACGGAGGAUGAGCGGACUAUCAUUAACCCACCUGGUGACACCGUGAUUGAGCCCGGGGACCGUUUGCUGGUCAUCGCUGAGUCAGCAGACAGCUACGCGCCACGUAAGCCGACCGCUGAGUCAGCAAAGGAGCGCGAGCUGGCGGAGAAGCGGCUGGCGUCGUUCGCGACGCCGUGGCACUACGACAGCCUGCCACGUGGCAACGUGAGGCGCCGCCACAACGUGCUGAUUGCGGGCGAGUGGAGGGAUGACGUGGCCGAGGCUCUCCUGCUUCUCAGUUCCAAGCUGGCUCCCCGCAGUCAGGUGGCAGUGAUGGUCGCCUCUCCAUCCCUCUCAGCGGCACAGCAGCGCCUCAACCCCUUUAUCAAAUCAGGCAGCCUCAACCUCAACCUCUCGCUCUACCACGGGCACCUGGGCUCAAUGGCCGAUCUGGAGAGGGUUCCUCUAGAGGCCUUUGAUACUGUCAUCGUGCUCGCCCCUCGCUCUCACCACGCCUCACCCACCGACCAGCCGCAGACGCGGGACGACGAGGGGGGAGCGGAGCGAGGGGAGGGUGGUGCUAGUGGUGGGGGUGAGGGGGGCGAGGGGGUGCUCAUGCCGUCUGCUUCUGUCACUGCUAUGAUGAUUCGGACGAUUCAGCGGGAGCGGGGACAGGCGGGAGCAACAGUGCUUGCAGAGAGUGAUUUUGCGGUGGAGGGGAGGGGAGAGGGAGGGGAGGAGGGCGGGGGAGAGGGGGAGGGGGAAGGGGAGGGAGGGACGGCGGCAGCGGCGGCGGCAGUGGAAGGGGAUAUAGUGAAGGAGGUGCAGGGGAGGUGGCUGACUGACAGUAUUGAUACGAAUGCAGUGCACGCGAGGAUUUUGGCUCAAACUGCCAUGGACCCAGAUGUCGGCGGCGUAUUGGACGAGAUCGUGAGCGGGGCAGGUUCAUCGCUCUCUUUGGAGGAUGCCACUUCUUUCCUUGUGGACGGCGAAGCCCUCUCCUUCUUCGACCUGCAGGGGAUUGCCAGCAGUGGGACGGGGGCGCUCAUUCCUCUCCUUGCUCUCUCUCCUCCUUUAUUUCCUCUUCUCACUAUCUCCUGCCAGGCCAUUCUUUUGUUGGGAGGGAAUCGCUAUCGGGAACGACUGGCAGGGAGAUUCGCUGCCCUGUUGGCUAGCCCUGAGACAGGGAGUUCAAGUUGUGUCAGCAGCAACCACAGCGGUAACACAGGGGUGACUCAGGAUAAAAGCACCGGCAGAAGAGAUAUUGCUUGCAGCAGCAGCGGCAGCGGCAGCGGCAGCAGCAGCAGCAGUGCUGCUAGCAGCCUUGCGUUUGAUCCCAUCUUCACCUCUUCUCCCAAGCCUCUAGCCAACGGCACGCUCGACCCCCUCCCUCCCGCUCACGCCGCAGCAUCCGGGAAGCUUCCGGUGUUCAUCUCGUCGGGGAACGACGACGCUGCUGACGUCAUGAUGCGGGAGGGAGUGGCUGCCGGACGGUUACGGGUGGAUAACCACGCGUUGGACACGGUUACCAACUUCACGGAAAUGUUACGCACGUUUCAACGGCUGAAAAUCACGCAUGUGCUGGUGGUUACGUCGGAUUAUCACAUGCCGCGCGCGGCUAUGAUGGCCAGAAUUGUGCUUCAAACGCAUGGGAUUGCGUUCUCUACAGUCACGCUUCCGAGUAGACCAGAAAUCUGCAAGAAAGGAGGGGCAAGCGCAACAACAGUCAAGUAUGGGGCAAGGGACAGAAGCGCCGAACCCGUGGCCGCCGCGCCGGGCCAGGCUCCGGAAUUCUCGCUGAUGCGAUCCGACGUGGCGGCCAACGCGUCGUUUGCUUACGCGGCAAUCCUGUACAUGGGCACGCCACGUGACUACGAGUAUUACGUGGCGACACGUGUCAUGCUGCAGACCGUUCGACGCACGGGGACCGUCGCGGAUCUCGUCGUGCUGGCAUCUGAGGACGUGCCUGCCACGUGGACCAAUACGCUCAAGAAGGAGGGUGUGCGGGUGGUGCGUGUGAGCAACAUCCCCAACCCCUACCGCAGCACUGCUGCCUUCAACCCGCGCUUCCCCUUCGCCCUCAACAAGCUGCUCGCAUGGCGGCUGAGGGAGUACAAGCGGGUGGUUCUGCUGGACGCUGAUAACCUUGUGAUGAAGAAUAUCGACGAGCUGUUCCAGUGUGGCAGCAUGUGUGCCGUCUUUAUUGACCCGUGCAUCUUCCAUACCGGGCUCAUUGUGCUUAAGCUCAUAAAGGGUAUGUAUGCUGACAACCUUGUGCUGAAUAAUGUGGACGAGCUCUUCCUCUGUGGCAGCAUGUGCGCCAUCUUCAUAGACCCGUGCACCUUCCACACCGGGCUCAUUGUGCUUAAGGUGGCUUACUUUACGUCCAACGACUGCGGCGGACGAGGAGGGCGAUUGCGUGGUGCCGUCAGUGAAGCCGUCAGUGAAGGUGUUGAAGGACAUGAUGCAGCAGCUGCGUUCCCUCCCCUCCUUCCCACCCACCCAUGCCCUGCAUCCUUAUCCCCCCACAACCCCCACCCCUGCUCCAAUCCCCCCCAGCCGUCAGUGAAGGUGUUUAAGGACAUGAUGCAGCAGCUGCGUUCCCUCCCGUCACACGAUGCAGCGGACCAGGGCUUCCUCAACCGCUACUUCCCCACGCUGCUCGCCUCCCCGCUCUUUGUGCCGCCUGCUGAUGGCUUGCUAGCCCCCCUGAAGGUGUUUAAGGACAUGAUGCAGCAGCUGCGGUCGCUCCCGUCACACGAUGCAGCGGACCAGGGCUUCCUCAACCGCUACUUCCCCAUGCUGCUCGCCUCCCCGCUCUUCGUGCCUCCCACCGAUGGCUCAGCGCUCAAAGGGCAGUUCAGGCUGCCCAUGGGGUACCAGAUGGACGCCAUCUUCUACAAUCUCAAGUUCAAAUCUCAAGUACAAGCAGGAGGUGCCUUGCUCCGAUCUGACAACAAGGUCACCACCUUGACAACCUACCUCUCCCUCUCACCCUUCCCCCCACCUCUCCCCUCCCAUUCCGUCCCUUGCCUCCAGAUCUCAAGUUCAGAUCUCAAGUUCAAGUGGGAGGUGCCUUGCUCCGACAACAAAAUCAUCACCUUCCCCGGGAUCGCGCACUUAAAGCCCUGGUUCUGGUGGUCCUACCCUCUCCUCGCCCUCUCCCUGCACUGGCACUCCUGGCGCCUCUCCACCAUGGGCUACUCCUCCCACCUCCCCGCCUGCCUCUCGGCCGGCGUCUUUUGGCUCGUAGUGCUCGCGCUCAGCCACGUCAUCGCCCGGGCGGCAGCCGACCCAUCCUCGAUCCUCUACCGCCUCACCCGUGGAUACAGACACGUCGGCGCCGCCCCUGUUGUCUCAGGGAUUGGGGGGAGCGCAGCGGGAGGGGGAGCGGGAGGAGGAGGAGGGGGAGUCGGGUCCACUUCUCCUUAUUCUCGCCUAGGAGCGUUGGGGACAGGGUUGGGAACGCCAGGAGGGGGGUCGAAUGGGGGUGUAGGUGGAGGGGGGGCAACGACAGGCGCAGGAGCAGCUGCAGCUGCUGCUGCUGCUGGGGGAGUAUCAGGUCUCCUCUCCUACCUCUCUCCUCGCUUCCUCCUCACACUCGGCCUCACGGUUCUCUCCGCAUUCGUCUCCUUCUGGCUCGUGCCGACCACAGUACACCCGUUUCUCGGCUGGUUGCUCUUCACGUUCGGCACCUUUUCCGGACUGUCGCUAGUUAAAGCCCUGGUUGGCGCCACAGCAGCGAUUUUCUGGCUGCUACAGUACCUGGUGGUGGCGCUUAUCGUCUUGGGAUUGCCGGUUUACUCUGCUUUGGCAUUUAAACUGUGUGCGAUGCACCUGCUUGCGCUUGGAGCAGGAGCGGUGCUGGUGGUGCAGGUGCAAGCGCUGCAGUUUGGGUUUCUCACUGGUGCUGGUUUGGCCCCAAGGCCUACUAGCUCGUCAGGAGGCCGCUCCCUUUUGGAUUAG